GAGGUGGCAGGCCUCCGCCUCUGGCCUUCUCGGCGGACUGUUGCAGCGCCACUUCUCCAGCCAUGAACCGGUUUGGUACUCGGUUAGUGGGAGCCGCGGCGACCCCGUCGCCACCUACGAAGGCUCGCAGCAACGAAAACCUCGAUAAAAUCGAUAUGUCUUUGGAUGAUAUCAUCAGAUUGAAUAGAAAGGAAGGAAAGAAGAAUUUUCCCAGACUAAACAGAAGACUUCAGCAGAGUGGUGCUCGGCAGUUCAGAAUGAGAGUACGGUGGGGAAUACAACAGAAUUCUGCUUUUGGUAAGAAUAGUAUAAACCGUAGAGGAAGACUAAUGCCUGGAAAGAGACGUCCUUAUGGAGUUAUCACUGGUCUUGCAGCUAGAAAAGCAACUGGGAUUCGGAAAGGAAUUAGUCCUAUGAAUCGCCCACCUCUAAGUGACAAGAAUAUAGAGCGCUAUUUUCCAGUGUUGAAAAGAAAGGCAAACCUUCUGAGACAAAAUGAAGUUCAGAGAAAACCAGUUGCAGUUCUCAAGAGACCGAACCAGCUAAACAGAAAAAAUAACAUUCCAGCCAGUUUUACCAGGAAUAGACAUAAAUUAAGCCAUCAGAAAGACACGAGACAGGCUACUUUUCUCUUCAGAAGAGGCUUGAAGGUUCAGGCCCAGUUGAAUACAGAGCAACUGUUAGAUGAUGUAGUAGCAAAAAGAACACGUCAAUGGCGGACUUCUACUACAAAUGGGGGAAUUUUGACAGUAUCCAUUGACAAUCCUGGAGCAGUUCAGUCCCCAGCAACUCAGAAACCACGAUUAACUCGUACCUCUGUACCCUCAUUUCUGGCCAAACGGGAACAAUCUGAUGUAAAGAAAGUUCCUAAAGGUGUCCCCCUGCAAUUUGACAUAAAUAGUGUUGGAAAGCAGACAGGGAUGACUUUGAAUGAGCGAUUUGGCAUUUUGAAGGAACAAAGAGCCACUCUCACAUUCAACAAAGGAGGAAGCCGCUUUGUGACCGUGGGAUAGAUCCUGCAUCAGAGGGACUUUUGUGUGAUCGUUCUG